AUGGCAACCGCAACCCACGGCUCAGCCAUCGUCUUCCCCAAAGAAGCCUUCGACCCGCUCGCCACCCUCGAAGCCGUCCGCGAACACAAAGCCACCGCCCUCUACGGCGUGCCCACCAUGUUCGUCGCCGAACUCGAUCUCCUCGCCCACGGCGCCGUCCCCCGCGAUGGCUAUCAAUACCUCCGCACUGGCAUCGCAGCAGGCUCAUCCAUCCCCUCCGAGCUCAUGCGCAAACUCCACAAACAGCUCAACCUCACUGAACUCACCAUCUGCUACGGCAUGACUGAAACCAGCCCCGUAUCCAUCAUGACCACCACCGAUGACCCCAUGGACAAGCGCAUCGACAGCGUAGGCAGACUGAUGCCGCACGUCCAAGCCAAAGUCGUAAACCCCUCUGAUUGGUCUCAAACCCUCGCCAUCGGCCAGCGCGGCGAACUGGCCGUGUCAGGCUACCUCGUGAUGAAAGGCUACUGGGGCGACCCAAAACGCACACAGGAAUCUCUCGUUCCAGACGAGAACGGCGUGUUGUGGAUGCACACGGGCGACGAGGCGAGCAUGGAUGAACUAGGCUAUGUCAAGAUCACGGGGCGUAUCAAAGACCUGAUUAUUAAAGGUGGUGAAAACAUUCAUCCGCUAGAAGUCGAGAACUGCCUCUUCGCGCACCCGAAUGUCAAGGAAGUGAGUGUUGUGGGGCUGCCAGAUGAGCGGUAUGGAGAGGUUGUUGCGGCGUUUGUGGUUGGGGGGGAUGGGGAGGUUAGUGCGGAGGAGGUUAGGGGGUGGGUGAGGGAGAAGUUGAGUCAUCAUCUUGGUAUGUUUGUGAAGUAUGAUUGUGAAUUUUUGGCUAAUUAG